CAUGUCAGGGGUAGCUGCUGUAGCGGGACAGCAGGUUCACCCAUCAGUCCCAGCAGUGAAUGGAGAUGGGUAAACAAUAACGGCUCGGUAUUUCAUAGGUUCUUCACGGUUCUACAUCGUGGGAGUUUGCAUUAAUUUAAACGCAGUUCGCUUUCGCCUAAUUGAAAAGAGAGCGACUCUUUCAUCAAUUAGACAAUACCGACUAUUUGUUGCCGUCCGUCAUGGCGAUUGCCCACGUAGCUACCGAGUACGUUUUUUCUGACUUUUUGUUAAAGGACCCCACGGAGGCGAAGUACAAAGGGGUGCGUCUGGAGCUGGCGGUGGACAAGAUAGUCACGUUUCUAGCGGUGGGGCUGCCUUUGUUUCUCAUCUCGCUCGCUUUUGCUCAGGAGGUGUCAGUUGGUACCCAGAUCAGCUGCUUUGCUCCCACAAACUUCACCUGGAAACAGGCUGCAUAUGUGGACUCAUUUUGUUGGGCAGCAGUACAGCAACAAACCGACAGCUCACCACUAUGGCUGCACAAGUUCUUCCCAUACAUUCUGCUCUCACUGGCCAUCCUCUUGUAUAUCCCUGCCCUGCUCUGGCGUUUCACUGCAGCGCCGCACCUCUCCUCUGACCUCAACUUCAUCAUGGAGGAGCUGGACCGCUUUUAUAAUCGGGCCAUCAGACUGGCCAAGAAUCUGGCAUCCUUAGACAGCAAAGAUGCACCCGAGGACAACCAGAGUGCUUUGGACCUGACCGAGGGUUGCUUCAAAUACCCUUUAGUAGAGCAGUAUCUGAAGACCAAACGCUUCUCUCGAGGUCUCGUGGUCAAGUACCUUGUAUGUCGGGGCCUGACUCUGCUGAUCCUCCUGCUGGCCUGCCUCUACCUUGGCUACUACAUCCGACUGGCCUCUCUCACUGAUGAGUUCUCCUGUGACCUGCGUACAGGAGAGCUGAAGAAUAACAGCAUGGUGCCGUCGGCUGUCCAGUGUAAGCUCGUGGCAGUGGGAGUCUUCAGGCUGCUCAGCUACAUCAACUUGGGGGUUUAUGUGCUUCUUGUUCCACUGGUGGUGUACGCUGCUCUUGGACCGGCUCGCCAGAACUCCAGCUUCCUCCGGCCCUAUGAGAUGCUGCCGGGCUUUGGCACUCUGGGUAUGGUCACGCCCUUCUACAACGACCUCAGCAUCUAUCUGUUAUUCCUCCAAGAGAACCUUAGUGCACUCAAAUCAUUUAAAUGUCUGCAGGUGCUUGAGUUGUUGCAAGAAGUUGGUGAUGAGGGGUUUGACACCAUGUGCCUACUGCAAACACUGGGUCAGGUGAAGACUGAUGUGUUAGAUAGUAAGAAAUCAUGCUCACGCAAGAACAACAAGGAAACUAAUAAAGCUGAAGAAUGAUUCCUCUGAGAUUUCUCUGCCCUCUUGCUGAAUGAUGAAUCCACUGAGAUGAGGCCCUGCUGCAAUGGAAAAGAAGAAGUGGACCACAAGGGAAACCUGUGCACUUAGUUUUAUCUGAAUCUCUGGUGCAGUAUUACAUACCAAAAACACAAGAGGCCUCAGUCUCACAGUCUGUAGUUUGUCUAACAGACAUGUCACCUUUCACUUUUAAUAAAUUUGAAUACUUCAAGUACAAGGAUCUCCAGUCUGAGGCGAUCUGCUUCAGUCUCCCAGACCUUGUUUUGAUUUUUUUUUUCUUUAAUAAUUUUGUUGUUUCAAAAUGAAAUUUUUCCUAUGUUUAUAUGUUUUUCUAUAGUACACAAUCUUUUUCUCAGGAUCUUAAAUGCCUUCCAGUCAUUUUUUUAUGAUAUAAGCCAUGUUCCUUGGACUGAAAUUUGUACAUUAAUUUUCUAAGUGCAAGAAUUUACUUCCUGCCCUUUACAUCAGAAAGUUUCUGAACACAGUGUUUAGGUUUACAUAUAGUCGAGGUGGGGAAAUAAGACAAUGUAGUGACUGAGGAAAGUUUGACCUUCCAAGGCAUAAACUAAACAUGAAUUGUUAGGUAUUAUGAUAACCACUGGACUGUAAAGCAUGUGAUUAUUUGUGUGUCAAUGUACUGUUAACAACACAUAGUAAACUGUAUGCUUAUGCUGAAUGUAAAACAAGACCCUGGGUUGUCCAGAAUGUUAGACUGAUGGCAACUCUGCAUUUUACAUGAAAGAUGAAUGGUCUAAAAUGUGAAAAUCAAUUAUUAUAAAGACUUAAAGCUUGUCAGAUUUUCAUGGGCCUUAUGCAAAUAAAGAAUGUUAUUCUCAGCUAUA